AUGUCUUCAAAUCAAAAUUCUCUAAGGCGUCGAAGACAACAAAACCAAAACAGCGCCUCGAUUUACGCUAGUAAUGGUGAUUCAAAUAAUACCACCAGCACCGCUUCCAAUAACAACAACAACUUUCCCCGAAGCAUUAAAAUCCGAUACUCUGGUGAUCCUAAUAAUAACAAUAACAUUAAUCAUUUAAAUUCGACAUCAAUUUCUUCUGAUAGAAACAUUGGUCUUGGUAAUACCAAUAAUUUAAAUUUAAAUUCACAAGCAUAUGAUUCCACGUUUAUUUCAACUGAUGGAAUAGCAUUCUCGUCAAAUUUUAUACAAUCUGACCCUAAUGAACCUUUAUAUUGUACCUGUCGGCAAGUUAGUUUUGGCGAAAUGAUUGCAUGUGAUGGUGAAAAUUGCCCAAUUGAAUGGUAUCAUUUGGAAUGUGUCAAUCUUAAAGCAGUACCAGAAGGAAGAUGGUAUUGUGAUCAAUGUAUUGGUACUCAGAAAAAACGAAAAAGAGGCCGACCUGUUGGAUCGUGA